AUGCGCGCACUCAGAGCGGGGGCGAUGCGCGCACUCGGCCGGCAGGGCCCUGUCCCCGAUAGCGGCUCGGCUGCUCCCCCGGCCUUUCCGGUUCCCACAGAAUCACAGAAUGAAGCAGAUGAAUGGACAGAUGUGGACAGGAAACGAGUUAUGAACGACAUCAUCACCACCAUGUUCAACAAAAAAUUCAUGGAGGAGCUGUUCAAACCCCAGGAUCUGUAUUCCAAGAAAGCCCUGCGCACCGUGUACGACCGGCUGGCUCACGCCUCCAUCAUGAGACUGAACCAGGCCAGCAUGGACAAGCUCUACGACCUCAUGACCAUGGCCUUCAAGUACCAGGUGCUGCUGUGCCCUCGGCCCAGGGACAUUCUGCUGGUCACGUUCAACCACCUGGAUGCCAUCAAGGAUUUCAUCUCUGACUCCCCUGGCAUUCUGAACCAGGUGGACGAGACCUUCCGGCGGCUCAUUGAAACCUACAACUGUCUCUCUGAUGGUGAAUUCCAGCUCAUCAGGCAAACACUUCUCAUUUUCUUCCAGGACAUGCACAUCAGGGUCUCCCUCUUCCUGAAGGAUAAAGUGCAAAACUCGAAUGGUCACUUCGUGCUGCCAAUCUCAGGGCCUGUCCCAUGGGGCACAGAGGUGCCAGGGCUCAUCAGGAUAUUCAAUCACAAAGGAGUGGAAGUUAAAAGAGCUGAGUUCACCACUGCUGGAAAUUACGUUACUCCACAAAGGGAAGGAUCAUUUGAGCUUUAUGGAGACAGAGUCCUCAAACUUGGAACAAAUAUGUACAGUGUGACCCGGCCAGUGGAGACACACAUGUCAGGAUCAUCCAAAACCCUGGCAUCCCAGGCAAAGGAGAACAUAGUCCCCAGCCCUCUUGCUAAAGAGGAGCUGAACUUUCUGGCCCGGCUGCUGGGAGGUUUGGACAUCCAGAAACCUGCUGGUGGCGAGACGGGAUUUCGGCUGAAUUUGUUCACCAGCGAUGAGGAGGAAGAACACGCUGCACAGACCAGACCAGAGGAGUUGUCCUACAAGGUUAUCAACAUUGAAGCCACACAGGAGCCGGGGCGGAGGGCGGAGCUGUCCCGCAUCCUGGGCGAGCUGGAGGUGGAGGAGCCGCGCCCGGGCAGCGCCGAGAAGGGCGAGGACCUGCUGGCACUGAUGGACGGGCUCUGAGCGGGACACUCGGACACCGGGACAUGGGGACAGCGGGACACUCGGACAGCGGAACAUACACAGAAUUCACAGACAAAAUCACCGGGUUGGAACAGACCUUCAAGAUCCUAGAGUCCAACCCAUGCCCUAACACCUCAACUAGACCAUGGCACCGAGUGCCACAUCCACUCUUUUUGUGAACACAUC